GUCAGCUCCCCCCCCCACUCCUGCUUCCAGAGCCCGCUUCCUUGGCCGCAGGCCGCCCGGCGACCUCUGGGAAGAUGAGCGGCUGCGGGAGGAAGGCGCUGACCCUGCUGAGCAGCGUCUUUGCCGUCUGCGGCCUGGGGCUCCUGGGCAUCGCAGUCAGCACCGACUACUGGCUCUACCUGGAGGAGGGGGUGGUCCUGCCCCAGAACCAGAGCGCGGAGAUCAAGAUGUCCCUGCACUCGGGCCUGUGGCGUGUCUGCUUCCUCGCAGGGGAAGAGCGGGGUCGCUGCUUCACCAUAGAGUACGUGAUGCCCAUGAACUCCCAGCUGACGUCGGAGUCCACCGUCAAUGUUCUAAAAAUGAUUCGCUCGGCCACACCGUUCCCCCUGGUCAGCCUCUUCUUCAUGUUCAUUGGGUUUAUCCUGAGCAACAUCGGACACAUCCGUCCCCACAGGACAAUACUUGCCUUUGUCUCCGGCAUCUUCUUCAUCCUCUCAGGCCUCUCUCUGGUGGUGGGCCUGGUGCUCUACAUCUCCAGCAUCAACGACGAGAUGCUCAACAGGACCAAGGACGCAGAGACCUAUUUCAACUACAAGUACGGCUGGUCGUUUGCCUUCGCGGCCAUCUCUUUCCUUUUGACUGAGAGCGCCGGAGUGAUGUCCGUGUACCUGUUCAUGAAGCGGUACACCGCCGAGGACAUGUACCGGCCGCACCCCAGCUUCUACCGGCCUCGUCUGAGCAACUGCUCCGAUUACUCAGGCCAGUUCCUACACCCGGACGCCUGGGUCCGGGGCCGCAGCCCCUCCGACAUCUCCAGCGACGCCUCCCUGCAGAUGAACAGCAACUACCCAGCCCUGCUCAAGUGCCCCGACUACGACCAGAUGUCCUCGUCCCCCUGCUGAGCCUCGCCGCCUCCCUCCCUGGACGGUGGACAGCCAGAGAGCCCUUCCCAUGCUCCCCCGAUGGUCUGGCAGCCCCAGGCCCUUGGUUGACAGGCCCAGGCUGCCCCCACGCUUUGCUGUUGUCACUCGACCCAUGUUGUCUCCACAUCUUCCCCCCACCAGAGUAACUCCGACUGCCCCAGGCUGGGUGUCGCGAGUCCGGGGCCAGCGGGCAAGCUGAUUGGCCGAGAGCGCGAGCGUAGCCCCGCCUCCUGAGUGCCAAUCACUCCCACUGCUCUCCCCUUUCCCGGGAGAGGCGUCCUUUCCAGCUGUGUAAUUGUCCCUAAGCGCCCAACCUCAUGGCCGCAGGCCAAGUUCCCUACACACACCCAGCGGGACUUGUGUGCCUACCAACUAGCCUGACCUUCCUGUUCAUGAUCUGCGCCAUCAGGCCAAGAAGGGGACUUUCCUAUGGAGGUCCUGCUGGUUCAGAAUUGCCAAGCAGCUUUCCUUGUGAAAUCCUUUAUCUUUUUGGUUACCCACCCCCAUCCGCACAGCACACCUUUCUGUGCUCUCCAUCUCCCCCUCCCCCCAUAGGCUCUGAAUCUUCCUUCCUUUCUUUCCACCAGGACUCAGCUGCCUGGGAUCUUGGUCCCUAAGGGCGUAAGAGUGGGUCUGAGGCCACUCUGAUGAAGUCACAAAGAGGUGUUAAUGGCUGAUGAUGUCUUAAUAUGUAUGGCCCCCUAUAACAUACUUAACAGGGGUCCUUAAUGCCUUAACCCAAGAAGUGACUCUGACAAGGAGAACAUCAGACUUUGGCAGGUCCCCAUUAGUAUUAUCAGGCACUGUUAGUAUUAUGAGGCCCUGGGGAUACUGUCCCUGCUCACAUGGGCAGUAUUUCUGGUCCAAGGCCCUAAACUCUGACCAUGUAGAUACACAUCUAUACCACGUAAGUAGAAGGCAGCUUUUAAAGAGGCUGCCUGGGAUUUGGAGCUAGAUUUGGCGACACUUAGUGCAUUUUGAGUCAAAAGCCAGCCUUGGAAAGGUCCAGCUGCUCUCCUAUGGGUGCCCGUGAAUAUAUGGGGGUUGUCAUUUAAUCCUAACACAGGGCGCUAUCCGCUUCCUGGACUGGGGACAUAUGGAGGCAGCCAGAUCCUUCCAGAAGGUGAGGCAGGGUGAUGCCCAUUUUCCUAGUAGCAAAUUUGAGCUGGGAGGUACCAAGCACCUUGCGUGAAGUCCACAGGGGCCAGGGACGGAGGGAUCAGUGGAAGGCCCAAGGCAGGACGUGACCGCGCCCCGGUUCUCCAGGCUCCCUCUCAGUGUGUGCAUUUCCAGUUCUGAGGUUGUGAGUAGCAAAAUAAGACCGGGCUUUCACAUGCUGGAGACCAGAAGUCCGGAAUCAGGAUAGCAGCAGGUCGGCUGUCUUCUGAGACCUCUCCUUGGCUUGCAGAUGGUGGCUGUCUUCUCAACAUGUCUUCCCACGGUCUUUUCCUUGCUUGUGUGCCCACCCCUGGUGUCCACAUUCCCUCUCAGCAGGACACCAGCCAGAUUGAAUUAGAGCCCAUCCUCAGAGCCUGAUUUGAACGUCAUCCCCUGUUUAAAGGCCCUGUCUCAUUCCCAGGUUCUGGGUCCCAUUCCCAGCUUCUGGAGGUGAGGAGCGCAACAUAGAACUUAGGGGUGUGGGGACAGGCAUGCAACCAGCAGGUACAGGCAGGUCACUUUGUGGCUGAACUGUUCCACUUGCUCACAGCACAGUAGGGGGGGAAGAUUCGAGAAGACAGUUGUGGUCCCCGUUCAGCUACCAUCUGAACAUGGAUCCUUGGGCAACCCCAUCUGCUCUGAGGGGCUUGGUCCAAAUGAUCCCCAAGCCACCCUCUUCCACACACCCGCCCCCAACUCUAGUGAUUCAGCCUUGCAUAGAAAGCUCCAGAUUGCCAUCCAACGUGACUUUUCGAGCCUUGCCUCGAAACUGAUAGCGACCGUAAACCCAGACAGAAACCACGUUCUCCUCUGCAGGAAAAGAAUCAGGUAGUGUACGUGCAGACCAGUAGGCAGCAUUUUCAAACUGGACAGUUGUUUAGAUGUGCCCUUCUCCUGUGUGGUCAAUGUUACUACCCUCCUAAAAUGUACUUUUCUGUCCCUUAAGCUCCCUUUCUCUGUCACUGUGCCAGGCUUGUGUGUGCACAUGGAAAAAAUAGAACCCACUCCCCAACACAACCUGAUUGUUGACUGUGACGUCAUUAGGAUGAGCCUUGAUUGGCCUGGAGCCUAGGUUGCUAAGUCAAGCACCUCGUGUCUUGCGAAGGUGUAGUUGAUGCUUAUCUUAGGUCAGGUUCUGGGUCAUUGUCCUCCCUCACGAGGGACGGGGGAUAGAUCAAUCAUAGCACAAUGAUUACAGCUUCCUUUCCGUCUCUUUGUUGGUUUCAGAACUGGGGGGCCUAUUUGCAGCGUCUUUCCACAAUCAAAGGCUUUAGUCAAAUAUUAAAGUGUAUAAACUCAGAAAUUAUAAUUAGGGUCCUUUCCCAAUGCACUUGCUGAUUUCCUCAAGCACUUGAAGAAAACACACUGAGAUUUUUUUUUUCUCACCUUCAAAAACUUGGAGAGGGAGGGUAAUACACUGAAGUCUGAUGGUAUAUUCUGGAAUAAAAGCACUCAACCAGUG